AUGUACAGCUCACCAGCGAACGUUGAGCCUCUGAAGCUCCGGAUAGAAAAGGCAGUCCUGAAAACGGCUGAGAGGUUCGAAAGGUUAGGCGACUUUGAGCUAUCGCACUCCAUUCUGGCUGAAGAACGGACGCGGCUCAAGCGACAGAGCUUCGCCAAUGUUGCAAGAACAUUGCAGGCCAAACACGACCUACCUGAGAACAGAGCCCGAAUUAGUACCGUACCUGAACGGCCCCCGAUGGAACUGCCUGACUGUCCGGAACUAAGCCUCGAAUUGCCGGGCGGGCUGAAGAAGAGCGCAAGCGUCGGUGAUUUGCUAUAUGCCGCGGAAGCGGCAACCGAGCGGUACCCGGCCUUCUGGAUAAGAGCGUACACCGAUGGAUCAGCCUCCUCGGGAUUUACGCGGGUCGGGUACGGAGCCUAUAUUGAGUAUUGGGACGGGUCGGUGACCCGAACCAGCUGUUUGAGCGGACCGUGCGGCGGCACCAACUAUGAAGCAGAAAUUAGCGCCAUCGUGGCCACGCUCACGAAGAUCGAGGAUCUCGUAAGAAGCGGAGAUGCCGUAGCACAAGGAGCAGUGAUCUUCACUGACUCCAUGUCAGCCCUCCAAGCUAUGGGCAGCUACGGCAAUGAUGACAACGAUUCAUGCGUCCUAUCAAUGCUUUACGGUGCCGAUCGCAUUGCGAAAAUCCUAGGCAGAAGAAUCUGCUUCCAAUGGGUGCCCGGCCACGUCGGCUUGGCAGGUAACGAGAAAGCAGACGCACUUGCGAAUAGAGGGGCGCGGAAAGUAGUUGCUACCAUUCCCGUUACAUACAACGAGUGUCUAGUGAGGCUUAAAGAAAGUUUCAAACGGGAAUGGGAAAAGGAGUGGGCAGAAGGGUCCAAAGGCCGGGCUGUCUUCAAGCAUAUGAAGAAGCCCUCGAGAACGGAUCCAUGGUGGAACUUGCAAAGAUGGCAGCAGUCCAUCAUCACCCAGCUACGUACACGCCACUGUCCGUCGAAGUCCUACCUGAGUGGACUGAAGAUUACCCGUGAUGACCAAUGUCGACACUGCGGUAAUGCCGUAGAAACGGUCGAGCAUGUCAUUAUAGAGUGCCCUGCACUGGCCCAGAUGAGGCGGGAGCACAUAGACGGGAUCAAAGACAUGGACAAGUAUCUGUACAGAAACUGGGGCCUGAUGAAGGACGUGUGCAGUUUCGUACGAGAGUCUGGUGUCCUCUCCUACUACCGCGUGGCGGACCAUGGGUUCUGA